AUUCUCUAUUUCUCACUCUCCGAAUAAAACCCCAACAUAUACAUACACAUUCAUACAAAUACACUCCUUACUACUACUACUUCUACUCAAUUUCUAUAAUUCUUCAAUUUCUUCUACAUUCAUCUGUAUUUAUAUUUCUUCUGUAUCUAUAUUUAUUUAUUUAUUCGUAAUAAAAAAAUAAAUAAAAAUCAAUGGAUGGUGGGGGUCAGUAUAAUCCUCGAACAGUUGAAGAAGUAUUUAGGGAUUUCAAGGGCCGCCGUGCCGGAAUGAUUAAAGCUCUUACUACCGAGGUUGAAGAAUUUUACCAGCAGUGUGAUCCUGAAAAGGAGAACCUGUGUUUGUAUGGUUUUCCUAGUGAGAUAUGGGAGGUCAAUUUACCCGCUGAAGAGGUGCCACCAGAACUCCCAGAACCGGCACUGGGUAUUAACUUUGCUAGAGAUGGGAUGCAAGAUAAGGACUGGCUAUCUUUGGUUGCUGUCCAUAGUGAUGCUUGGUUGCUAUCUGUUGCCUUCUAUUUUGGUGCAAGAUUUGGAUUUGAUAAAGCUGACAGGAAGCGAUUGUUCACCAUGAUAAAUGAGCUCCCGACAAUAUUUGAGGUUGUAAAUGGCACUGCAAAAAAAAGCCAGAAGGCUAAUCACAGUAGUACCAAAUCGAAGUCAAACUCGAAAGGGCGGGAACAAGAUUCUCAGGGGAGAUACUCAAAGCAGCAGCCACCACCGCCACCAGCAAUUAAAGAUGAUGAUGAAGAGGGGUUGGAUGAUGAAGAUGACGACGAGCAUGGGGAAACCUUGUGUGGGGCAUGUGGUGAGAAUUACGCAUCGGAUGAGUUCUGGAUAUGUUGUGACCUCUGCGAGAAGUGGUUCCAUGGCAAGUGUGUGAAGAUCACCCCAGCCAGAGCUGAACACAUCAAGCAGUACAAGUGCCCAUCAUGCAGCAGCAACAAAAGAGCUCGCCCUUGAUGUUGCAGCUUUAUCUUAACUGUGUACUCUGAGACUCUCUAACCUGUUUGGUAGAAAUUCUAGUGUUGUUAGCCCUGUGGUUAGCGGACCUUAAUUUCUGUGUAAUUUGGUCGGUAAUGUUGGCAGAUAUUUUAUUUAAUUUUUAGACUA